UAAAACACUUACUAAAACUAAUAGUCAAUUUUAUUUGUCUCCGACAGAGCAAGAUCGCAGUCCAAUGGAUGAUUAUAGCACUUAUUCCGGGAAUAUAGAGGAGGAGGAAGAGGAAGAAGUGGACAUGUUUAUCUGGUACAUCGUCAUUGCAGCUGGCACAGUGAUGGUCAUUAUCGUCAUCAUCACCGUCGUCUCCGUUUGGCGAUGCCGUCACUCGCACUACACGGCCACCCCUCAGGAUGACCUUGACAUUGAUGUGGAGAACUUGCCCAUCAACUCUGCGUACCAUCAGAUGAAGUCGAACCGUCUCAACCCCAAACUGGAGAGUCUGGAGUUCCCCCGCAACGACAUCGUGUUCAUCCGCGACAUUGGCCAAGGCGCCUUUGGUCGGGUCUUCCAGGCUCGCAUCGUCUGCAGCAACGGAAACUCUCACCUGACGGGCGGGAAGCUGUCGGGCAGCAAACACAGCCUUAGCUGCGGCAAGAACUGCAAACACAACCCUCGGCACGUCUUUUCCAGCAAAGGCGACCUGCGGCACGUCGACGUCUCGGCUGCCGUCCGGGGUUGCGACUCCCAGCUGCUGGCGGAGACCAAGUGCAAGUCAUCUUCAUGUGACAAUGUCCUGGGCGAGGAGAGUAAGUGUGGCGAGGGAGGCCAGCUGAUUGCGAUAAAGAUGCUGAAAGAAGAUGCGUCAGAAACGGUGCAGUCGGAUUUCGAGAGGGAGGCUUCGCUGAUGGUGGAGUUUGACCACCCGAAUAUCGUCCGUCUUCUCGGCGUGUGUACUGUGGGAAAGCCCAUGUGUCUCCUAUUCGAGUACAUGAGCAAAGGGGACUUGAAUGAAUUCCUAAGACUAUGCAGCCCGGAUCAGUGUCUGCUGCGGAGUGAUGCGUGUUCAAACCCGUCGCUAGAAGAAGUGGGUAGCAUCGAUGCCGUAGACCAGCUCCACAUGGCGCGCCAGGUGGCAGCAGGAAUGGUUUACCUGGCUGACCGUGGCUACGUCCACCGAGAUCUGGCCACACGUAACUGCCUGGUUGGCUCCGGGCUCACGGUGAAAAUCUCAGACUUUGGCCUGGCGCGCAGCGUGCACAGCAUGGACUACUACCACGGGAGCGACAAAGACGCUAUCCCCAUCCGGUGGAUGCCCCCCGAGGCUAUCCUCUACAACAAAUUCUCCUCCCAGUCGGACGUCUGGUCGUUCGGCGUGUUGCUGUGGGAGGUGUUCACCUUCGCCGUACAGCCGUACUACGGCAUGACCCACGAAGAAGUGGUCAAUCACAUACGUGCCGGCCACGUCCUGGCCCCGCCCAAAAACGGGCCGUCGGCCAUCUACAAUCUGAUGAAGUCGUGCUGGCACCGAAAGCCCAACUCUCGGCCGAGCUUUGUGUCUUUACAAAAGUCGCUGAACAUGAUGUGGGAGGAGAUGAGUAAACAAAGGACCAAGAAUGUUGUCAAUGUAUAGCGCACAGUUUAAUAUAUUUUCUUUUUUAAAAAUCUUGUUGUUAUUGUUAUUUCGGUUACCAUGCAACAGUUUUGAAUAGCCAUUGAAGUGUAUAUAUACAUAAUUAUAUAUAUUUUUUUUUUCACAUAGACCUUGAGUUUUAUGCCCUAAAUCCAUGAUGUCUCACCUCUUACUGCUGAUGCCGAUAUAAUGCGUGUUGUUGGCGUGUUGAAUCUAUGAAUAAGCUCGUGGCUUGAUAGAGUCCGUCUGCAGAAAAACAAUAACAACAAGUCCUGUCUGCUGGUGAAGCCACAAAGUCUUGGCUGUUUCCCGUCGCCGAUUGUCCGCAAGCAGAAACAUGAAAUAUGCUGCUGGAUCUUGAGCCAUUCCAGGAAAACUGAACCUUCAGUGACACACGCAAGGCAAAGACGAUGGCCUGCUGACAGAGAUGCUAGGCUUCAAUAGAGCCCGAUUUUUUUUCUUUUCUUUUCUUUUUUUUCGACGGAGGUUGCUUGUUUACUUUGCUUACUUGACUUUUUUCAUCCAGCGGUCAUCUGGAGUUUUAGACCUUUGGUUAGAAGUUGCCUGCUGGCUGAUCAGCAUCUCUGUGUUUUGUGUAUUGCUGCAGUUUCACUUUUCAUGGAAUGGCCUUCUGGUUCUAGUGUGGUGAUAGGACAGGAAUAUUAUUUAACCUUCAGGAGCAACAGUCCGGACGAUAAAAGACGCUGAUGCUCACCGCAAGGAAAAGUGCAAACCCUCGUGUGCUCAGACUUCAAGCACAGUCUGACUCAUGAAAGACUUCAUUUGUGUGUAAUUGCCUUGCUGUAAAUAAGAUAAGAAUGUUACAUGAUACACGGGAGGAGAUGAGAAGUGACCUCUAAAAAGUAUGAAUGACUUCAAUUAUGUGUGGUUUACUGUAGAUUCAAAUUAAUUGUAAAAAAAAAAA